AUGGACCAGCAAAACAUCCUUCAGGGCGCGAUUCCCUUGCUCUCAUCUGUCCUCGGCAACAACACCGUCGCAGGAGUCAUGGCCGUCUUCAACCUCGCUCUCAACACCUUCAACACUGCCUCAGAACAACUCAACAAGAACACACCCCAAGAAAAGUUUACAUACCAACAACAGCAACAGUACCGCCAGACAACGUUCAACCAAAAACAAGGACAGGAUCAACAAGAACAGCAGUUUGCUUCUACCGUCAUGUCGACGCUGGCCAUGGUCUUUGGAACUAUCAACUCGACAUUUGCCUCGCUCACCCACUCUGAGACACCCCUGACGACCUAUAUCCUCGUCGCUGUGUUGUCCUAUGUCGUCUUCCGCAUCGUCUAUGGUUUUGUCUCCUGGAUUGUCCGCUCGGUCAUUAACCUCGUCAAGUUGUCGAUUAUCAUCACCGUCGUCACGUCCCUCAUCUGGUUCGUCAUUAACGUGACCUCUCCUCUCCAGGACUGUGAUACCUCAGACGGUUCGACUUGUUACAACGCAGGAGCAGGAGGCCAGAAUCGGGCACAGGAUCCUAUUUCGAAGGGGUUCAGCUAUCUCCAGACAAGGUUCCAGGCCGAGUACAACCGGCAACAGCAGUACCUCCAGAACCAGCACCCUUAUUAA